AUGUCUACAGACUUAGAUGCGCAGCCCACAAGGAUAGGGAUGGCGAGACGGACCCUCGGUAUCUGUCUCCUCCUGCUCGUGGUGGUACUAUGGACAACCUCAAAUUUCCUAGGAAGUACUAUUUUCGCGGAUAAAACAUAUCCCAAGCCUUUCUUCGUAACAUACCUCAACACCUCGUUCUUUACAAUGCCUCUAUUCGGCGUUCUGCUCAGUCGGACAAUUGGUCUAUGGCGCGCCAACAAGCUUGGGCAGGUUGACUCGUUUUGGAGUUGGCUACACCAUAUGGAUUCUGCUGAACCUGUUUCAACCGAUGAGUCAAGGGUCUUGCGCCGUGUGUCGAUUGACGACGAGGCUCAUGGUAGUGGUGACUAUGAUGGUGCGCGGUAUUUGCCCAAAGGCGCGAACGAUGAGAAGUUGGGAUUAAAGGCGACUGCGAAGCUAAGCUUCCAGUUCUGUCUGCUUUGGUUCACGGCGAACUAUUUCGCAAUGGCGUGUCUUCAAUACACGACCGUUUCAAGUACCACAAUCUUAACUUCGACAAGUGGUGUCUGGACGCUGAUCUUCGGCGCCUGUCUGCGCGUUGAGAAGUUCACGGUCCGGAAGGCCCUUGGUGUCCUCGCUUCUCUUAUCGGAAUCAUCCUGAUUUCACGGGUGGAUCUCUCAAAGCCAGACACGCCGGCUACCCCCACUGCAGACGAAGGAUCGGGUACAUUUCCUCACAAGACAGCCGCAGAGAUCGCCCUCGGUGACGCCAUGGCAGCCUUCAGCUCAAUCAUGUACGGCGUAUACACGAUCGUAAUGAAGAAGCAAGUGGGUGAUGAGUCGCGCGUGAACAUGCCACUUUUCUUCGGCCUCGUUGGCUUCUUCAAUCUUAUUCUCAUGUGGCCUGGUUUCUUCAUCCUGCACUGGACGGGCGUUGAGUUGUUUUCGUUUCCGGAAACGAAGCGGGUGUGGACUAUCGUUCUGGUCAACUCGGUCGCUUCUUUCAUUUCAGAUGUUGCCUGGGCGUAUGCCAUGCUCCUGACCACGCCCCUUGUGGUUACUGUUGGCCUUAGCUUGACCAUCCCCUUAUCAUUGGUUGGGCAGAUUGUGUUGCAAGGACAGUAUGCAAGUGCGAUUUACUGGGUCGGUGCUGCAAUUGUGUUCCUAUCAUUCGUGGUUGUCAAUCACGAAAGCAAAACCUUGGACGAUGCGACUCCCGCAGAUGAGGGCAGAUCAUCCUCUGGGGAGUAUGAGAGCAUCCCUCACGAGGAUAUUCGGUGA